AUGGGUGCAUCCGACCGAACAGCCGACUUAUCGCUUGACGAUGGACCAUCGAAAAAAUCCUUCUUAUCCUUCCUCUCCCUGCCGCUGCGAUCCCGGACGCGCAAUCGGAACCUCGCCGAGUUCUAUGUCCUGGUAGACGACCCUCACCGUCAAUAUUCUGCUGGCGAUCAUGUCACCGGCUCCGUCAUCAUAUCUUCCAUCAAGCCGAUCCGCAUCACUCAUUUGACCGUCAAUUUACACGGCUAUGUUCGCGUAUUCAAGAAUGCAGCCCAGGUGAACGCCGCCAAUCCCGCCGUCGUCCCUAGCGGGGGUAGCAGCAACGUCCGCUACUUUGGUAAUGGCCAUGCGCAACUGUUCCAGGAUGAGCAGGUUUUGUGCGGCGAGGGAAGACUGGACGCUAGAAAAUGGGAGUUCAAGUUUGACUUGGUGUUCCCCAAGGAGGGACUACCCAGCAGUAUCGAUUUCGAACGGGGCACGAUAGCAUACAUGAUCACCGCAACCCUGACCCGACCGACGUCCAUAGCUCCUACUACCAGUGCGGAGAGGAAGCUCGCGCUCGUGGAGAAGGUUGACGUCGGACUAGUGCCAGUACCGAGGGAGAGGAAAGUCACCAUGCAUGCAAUGCACAAGCGACAGAGAAGGAAAAAGACUGCCUUGACAAACUCAACGCCAACGCGCAGCACUACUGAUCUACAAGAACCCGCGGCCGAUUUGGAUCCCACAAGAGCAAACGAAAGAACAAACGACACCACCAACGAAAGCUCGGUACAUUUCGCAGAGUCGAGUCGGCCUCGGCCAAACGAACAACACGUGCCUCGAAGCCCCAUACAGAGCGACAUACAGAGCGAGAUCAGUGGUGAGAGCGUGGCUAGCCAUAACAGUAGCAGCGUAAGGGGAGCCGAUGGCAGUGGGGGCUCGAGUGGAAGCAAGGUGUCGACGGGUGCUGAAGUUGAUCGUGAGAUUACGGCUACCGUGGAACUUCUAAAAGGAGGGUGUAUGCCCGGGGAUUUGCUACCUGUCAGGAUACGGGUUGAUCACAAUCGUCGCAUGAAAAGCUUGCAUGGCGUCGUCGUCACUUUUUAUCGGCAAGGCCGAGUGGAUUACGCACCACCAACCUCGCUCUUCACAAACCUAUCAAAGGAGGACGCCCGAAAACUAGACCGGGAGGAAUUCUACCCCAAAUCAAAGACGGGACUUGGUGGGUUAUCCUUAUCCUCAGCAGGCUCUUGCAGUGUGUUUCGCAAAGACUUGUCGCAGUCUGUGGCACCACUAAUAAUUGAUCCGACGACAUUGUCGGCAAAUAUCACGACGUCUGUCAGGGUUCCAGAGGACGUUUUUCCUAGUAUAAAAGGAGUACCGGGGGGCUUGAUUACCUUCAAGUACAACGUGGAGGUGGUUGUCGACUUGGGUGGAAGACUUGCUGGUCAGUCUCAAGGUACAACACAGCAGCCAACCCGGUCCAUGUCUGUCUCAGGAACUGUUCCUGCGUCAGGUGGAGGAACUUAUGAUCAGCAAUUAAGUAGGCUCGCCAACUGGAACGGUUCAAUUGUCGAUACCGAUCAUCUCCGACGCGAGAAGGGAGUGAUAUCUGUCUCGUUCGAAGUCGUGGUUGGCAACGUCAAUUCCAACAAGUCACGUUCAAAAGCCGUUACACGACCCACGCUUAUCUUACAACCACCUUCGGAUACGGGUUACUCUACCGAGCAGCCGAACGAAAUGAACUCCGGUUGGCAGGAUAAUUAUGAUGAGAGUGGCGACUACAGCGAGCACCCAACUCCGUACACUCCGUACGACCACCCGCAAGCUUAUUUCUCGUCUGCAGCCUCCCCCCAAGCUCCGGACUAUCACUCUCCUGCACACGAAUCGCAAGCUCCUGUCUACAUCCCACCACCUCAAGUCCCGAAUCAAGGCAGUCUAACCGAGAAGGAACGCGUGCGGCAAGCUGAACAGUGUUUAUUGCCAAGUCAGCCGACGGCACAGCCGGACGAAUCUGCGGCCAGUCCAUCGCAGCCUUCAGCGCCUUCUAUCUUUCCAACUGGCGCCUCUUUACCAGUACCAACAAGCCACAGCGACAACUUUGGCGAGGGACCUUCCGCACCUUCUUUGGGCGAUUUAUCGGCGACCGCAGCACACUCAGACCCGGUCGAUGACAAACAAGAGUUGGAAAGGAGGCGGCUAUUAGCAGAAGCGAGUGCACCUCCAGAGGUACCAGAAGAGUACCACUCGAGUGAGCCAUCUGCUCCACCAUUAAAUACUGCCGGGCCGUCAUCUACCCACGAACCGUCCGCCCCAAUGCUAGAUGAGCGCGAUGUCUAUGGGACCCACGAUCCUUAUGAGAGUAUAGCCGGCCUAUCGACGGCCAGGAGUCCGCAGGGGCAUGAGGCAGAGCAUCUGCCAAAAUACGAGCGAUGAUUAUUGGGUUUCCGGCGUCUGUAUAUCUACAAGUUACGGCCACACUGCAUAUUGAGCCCACUGUAUUGGCCCAGUGGCUGAAACGUCGUCAAUAUAAUGUUGACCCGUCUUAUGAUGGGUCUAAAAGAGCUAUGCUGGCUUGGAAAAUACGUUCCGAUAUGACUAAAAGUUUCAAAACAGUGCGAACCGCGCGUGAUCGAAUGCUUGUUCAAAUUUAUCGUAAUAUCCGUAGGGCUGACGCUGACACUUUUAACGUGCCGGCUUGGCGCCAAGGAUACGGAUAUGCGGAUGUCUUCCAGUAGAGGAACAGUGCGACAUUUCCAUUACUAGCAGAUAAUAUUCAAGCUAUUAUAAACAUAGACAGACUUUUGGCAAGGUC